GUGAAUCUAGCCUAUGCGUAUGAGACGAAGGAUGCUCUGUGUUUAGUACUGACCAUAAUGAAUGGAGGAGACCUGAAGUUUCACAUCUAUAAUAUGGGGAACUCUGGCUUUGAUGAGCAGAGGGCCGUCUUUUACGCAGCAGAGAUCUGUUCUGGGCUGGAAGACCUGCACCGGGAGAGGAUAAUCUACCGGGACUUAAAACCUGAAAACAUUCUUCUAGACGACCGCGGACACAUCCGUAUCUCUGACCUGGGACUAGCCGUCCAGAUUCCCGACUCGGAGACGAUACGAGGGAGAGUGGGCACCGUAGGAUACAUGGCCCCAGAGGUGAUCCAGAAUGAGUCCUACUCCUUCAGUCCUGACUGGUGGGGUCUGGGCUGUCUGGUGUUUGAGAUGAUCCAGGGUCAGUCUCCCUUCCGCCGGCGUAAAGAACGAGUGAAGAGAGAAGAGGUGGACAGACGAGUGAGAGAAGAUCCCGAGGAAUACUCUGACAAGUUCUCUGAGGAGGCCAAGGAUAUCUGCAGACAGAACCCUGUGUCACUUCCUCUUCCUCAGCUGCUGGCCAAAGACCCCAAAGCCCGUCUGGGGUGCCAGGGACGGGGCGGUGUGGAGGUGAAGGCUCAUAUCAUCUUCAAGAACAUCAACUUCAAACGCCUCGAGGCAGGCAUUCUGGAACCCCCCUUCAGUCCUGAUCCGCGGGCGGUGUACUGUAAAGAUGUUCUGGAUAUAGAACAGUUCUCUACAGUGAAGGGAGUGAACCUGGACCCCACAGACGAUGACUUCUACCACAAGUUUGUUACAGGAAGUGUCUCCAUCCCCUGGCAGAACGAGAUGAUUGAGAUGGAGUGUUUUAAGGAGAUCAACGUCUAUGAGACCGAGGGCCUGCUGUGUUCUGAUCUGGAUGUGAACAGACCCAACCCACCGCCAAAGAGAGGAUUCUUCUACAGGCUGUUCAGACGAGAGGCAAGUGGUGCUAGCUCUCCCCCCCGCCCCGCCGCCGCCGUGAGAGGUGGUGGGGGUUAAGGUCUGUUUAAAGAGUGGCUACGAAGACGAAGAGCACGAGGAGCCUUCCCGACUUUAAACCACUCCAGCUCUCCCUCCUCCUCCUCCUGCUCUCCCUCCUCCUCCUCCUGCUCUCCCUCCUCCUCCUCCUGCUCUCC